AAAUCUAUCUGGAUAUAAUAUAGGAGCAAUUGUGUUCGCGCAAUUUAAAACUCGGGGGUGUUUAUUUUUUCCUUUUCUACCCGAAUGAUUUUAUGAACAGCAUGACCUCUUAAACCCGGAACUUUAAUAUCGUUCCCGUGGUGAGGUACAUACCUGUUCUAUUUACGGGAUGGGAUUGCUUCGUGACGUAGACGAAGAAAUGCUUUGUUGUUUCCAUCGUAACAGACUGGGGACCCCGAGACAUAGCGUAUAAAUACCUGGACACUAAGGGAGGUGGUUUCAAAGCACCUAUAAACGACGAUAGUUCUACCAACGCUUUUAAAUUGGAUUUGAAUAUCAAACAACUUGCAAAAGCAAUAAUGAAAAGCAUUUUCGGCUUAUUAUUUCUGAGUGUGAUUUCUACCGUUCAUUCUCAAUUCAGCCUUGGGGUGGCAGAUGAAACGAUGCCAUCUAUAAGUGAGAGUUCCGAUAGCUCCCAGUGCGUGUCAGGGCGGUGUGCCAAUGUGUCUUACAAAGAGAUUCAGAGAAUGUUCCGAGGAAUAUUCUUCACAAAAAGAGAACUGAAGAGGAAAAUGAUGAAUUUGAAAGUCACGAUGAAUUCUCGUCCAGGGCAGACCAGCAGACCUUAUAAAUGGUGGAAGGAAAAUAGAAAAUCUUACAGAAAAUCUCGUUACUUAAAUCACGAUGCAGAUCAAUGCUGUCCUACGACUUGUAAUUUGAUUUAUCCCACCGAGUUAACCAACACGAGGGGCGUGACUCGGUAUAUCGUGCACUUUACCGACAUGCAACCGGAACCGAUGUACCAGUUCAUGCCUAUGGGAACCUGUCUAUAUCCAGGGAACUGCAAAAACUGCCAACAGGAAUACGCCUUGCACUCCGUACUCGUCAUCGACACAACGUUUAAAAUCUACCCGUACUUCGAGUUUGACGAUUUCUACAUAAAAAGUUAUUGUUCCUGUAAAAACUGAUUCUUGAAUCGCAGCACGAUUCAUCAUCAGAAUGUGAGAACGUCGGGCGAAAUACUGCCUAUUUUGUGGAAGGAAGCUGUGAUGACGCGCCGGUAGGAGGGGAAAUUCUAUCGAUUUGUUCCUUCAAAAUGACAGCUUAAUGAAUGUGUUCCCGAAUCUAUGAUGUAAAACGUACAUGUAAUUUAUACAUUCAAGUUCAUUGACUGUUUGGACUUCAGGAUAAAUCUAUUUAAAGAGAGUCACUGAAAUGUAACAAUUCAUUUUUUCGCAAGCAGACUUCACGCCCACGAAUAUUCUAUAAGGAGUUCACUGAAUUAUUUAUGAUCACGUGUAUUGAAACUUCAAUUUGAUAUUUUAUGAAUGAAUUAAAAACAAUAUGUUGACAUUCCAUGAAUAAAUCGGAAUAAAAA